UUUCGUAUUGCAGCAGCGUAAUCAGAGAGCAUCCGCUGAGCUUGGCGUUUUAAACCAUCUCCAAGAUCAAUUGGCAACAAAGUUAUCGUAGACGCAGAGAUCUGAGGGCAUACACAAGUCCAUUACAUAUUUGCAGUAUCUUAAUCCUUCUAGCAGCAGUCGAAGGACUUGAGACGAGAUGGCUUCGUUUCGUUUUAAAUCGUAUCUUCAAUUAGUCGACCCCGCAUCACGUUACAGCAUUACAAAACUCUCAGGUGGAUUGGUCAACUUGACAGUUCGAGCCUCAAAGACAACAGCAAGUGAAAUAGGCAGUUUUCCAGGGUCUCGUAGUCUGGUUCUCAAGUAUGCACCUCCUUUUGUUGCUGCAAUUGGGCCUGAGGCGCCAUUCUCGUCGGAGCGACAGGAAGUCGAGGCCAGCGCGCUCAAACUCUUCGAUGACGACGGGCCUCUGGCCGGUCUCCGCGAGCGGACUGGCAUUCGAAUCCCGAAGGUCCUUCAUCACAACGUCAAGUCGUCUGUGUUAAUCAUUGAGGAUCUUGGUCCACUUGUGACGCUCUGGGAUUUUUUGUCGCCAAGGGCAUUUGAGGGGAAUGACCUCGCUGACAAUCGCAUCGCCGAAGUAGGACGUGCUAUAGGCAAGCGAGUGGGGGAAUUCUUCGCUAUGCUUCACUCCACAGACACUGUAGAGCAAGUCAAAUAUGCUUCGAAGAGCAAUCCCGAUAUAGCAGUCUCCGUACAGCAGUUAUCUCACAGCCUAACAAAAGGUCUCGUCUUCGACGUAGCAGUCAAGCCGAUUCGUGAGCGGCUUGCAACUGAUGAUGCGGGCAAAUUGUAUGAAGUUGUGCUCAGCGCAUUCAACCAGCAUUCACCCCCCGAUGAGGGUUGCUUCUCACUUGGAGAUUGUCACCCAGGGGCCAUCUUGCUAUCUAGCUGGGACCAGCUUGUGAAAGACCACAGCGAUUUUUCUCCUGAAGCCUCUGUUGCUGUGAUAGAUUGGGAGUUUUCGGAAAUUGCUGGCCGUGGUGUAGAUGGGGACAUCGCACAGUUCCUGGCAUGUCUGCAUUGUCAUUGGCUAUACCUUGAAGCGUUGCUCGAAUCCGUUGGAAAUGAUCCGAACACAUCGUCCAAAGCGAGAGGAACCCACAAAGCGCUCAUAUGCACUGAAGCUUUCGUUCGAGGACUAUGUUUAAUCUAUCCCGAAGUCUCGAGCGAUCCCUUAACAACGGAUGGCAUGCUCCGGCACCUCCGCUCCACGGUAAUUCUUCUCGGUCGUGAGACCAUCAACCAAGCAUAUGAGUUCGCAUGGGAUCUCGAAGGCUAUGCAGUCUCCAAGGAUGAGCUACGGAACAAGAUGGUAAUGGCGGGGACUGAUUAUCUGAGAAAGGCUGGGAAAGAUGAGGCUGAGGCCUUGGAGAUAUGGUUAAGCACCACGGAGGCCAAGGGUAUAAUCCUAACGCUAUUCUGUUUGCCUUGAUCCGCCGACCUUACAUACCGUUGCCUUAAGUGAUGUUUCAAGUGUUGGAAUUGCAUUAUUUACAUGGCAGCUAACUUCGUCACCUGGUAGCUAACCUGGUCGGUUAGUUUAGACUGCUGGCGGAAGAAAAUCCCAAUUAGUUAAGACGAAGACAAGGGCAAGAUAUGCCAUCAUUAGAAUGAAAUACAAAAAUGACUCAAGAACCGAGCGCUGCCAGGAGUCACUUUAGCGAUGAUAGCAAACGUCGAUG